CUUUCAGACGGCCUGCUCAGCUGCUGAGUGUGCAAGGCUGCUGGGCAAAUGGUGUGCCGCAGGUCCAGGGGGCCCAGCCCUAUAAAAACACAGGCGAGGGUCUUCUCGCCGACAUUGAUUAUACUGGAUCUGUCCCACCUCAGUACCGUCUAGAAGCAGCCCCCAAAGGGAGAAGCAGCAGCCAUGAAUCCUCAACAGAUGGAGCAGAUGGGCCAGUUCAAGAUCACAGUCUGGGAGGAGGAGAACUUCCAGGGAAAGCGCUGUGAGUUUAUGCUGGAGUGCCAGAACAUCAUGGAGAGGGGCUUCAACAAGAUCCGUUCCAUCAAGGUUGAGAACGGACCGUGGGUGGGCUACGAGUACCCAGAGUUUCAGGGACAGCAGUUUAUCCUGGAGAAAGGAGAUUAUCCUCGUUAUGAGGCCUGGAGUGGAAACAGCAGUUACAGAACCGAACACAUGCUUUCCUUCAGACCCAUUAAGUGUGCUAACCACAGUGACAGCAAGGUGACCCUGUACGAGUGUGAGGACUUCCAGGGUCGUAAGUUUGAGAUGUGCGAUGACUACCCCUCCCUACAGGCCAUGGGUUGGUGCAGCAAGGAGGUGCCCUCCAUCAAAGUCAACUCGGGAGCCUGGGUGGCCUACCAGUUCCCCGGUUACCGUGGCUACCAGUACAUCCUGGAGAGAGACAGACACCAAGGCGAGUACAGAAAUUACAACGAGUUCAGCACCCAGGCUCACACCAACCAGGUGCAGUCCAUUCGUAGGAUCCAGCACUAGAUCUUCACUCUGCCUGCCUGAACCAACCUUAAAAAAAUAAAAAGAAAGAAAAAAAAAGGAAAGAAACUUUCUUUCUAAUUGCUUCCUCACCUCGAACGCUGAACAGACCUCUGUCACAGAACAGUAGCCCAAUUCUUUCUGUCACUCUGUGGCUCUGGGUGUAUGGAUAUAAACUUCUAAUACCAUGCUGAAGCAUGUUCUUGAAAUAGGAAAUAAAGGCUUUUCUUCCAAACUUGA